AUGGCUGAUCCUUUGUUGACCUCUUUGUGCGCCAUUUGCCACGUUUCAACUCCGAAAUACAAAUGCCCACGAUGUAGCAUCCGAACGUGCUCUCUCGCAUGCAUCAAGAAGCACAAGGCGUGGUCAGAAUGCACAGGCGAACGCGACGCAACAGCCUACAUCCCUCCUUCGAAGCUCCGCACACCCGCCGGUGUCGACCACGAUUACAACUUCCUACACGGUAUCGAACGGUCCGUCGAACGCGCUGAGAAGCUCCUUGUCGAAGAGCGCUCUCUGGUUCAAGAGGAGGAACUGCGACCGUUGACGGUCCAGGAGGUCAAAUGGAAGCCGGGUCGAGAUGGGCGCAAGCGCAAGGUGCUCGUGACACGAGUUCUGCGCGAAGCCAAGGGCCGUGUUUUUGAGCGAUUCCUGGCGCAGAGAUUGAAGAAGCUGAACAUCAGCAUCAUGUGCGCUCCAAUGGGGAUGGCGAGGCAAAAGGAGAACCACACGACACUCAACCGACGGACUGGUCGCAUCAAUUGGCAGGUCGAGUGGAUGACAUUUGAGGACGUUGAAGAUGGAGAGCCGAAGAAGACGCGCCUUCUUUCCAAGGUGAUGGAUGAUGUGCCGCUAUUCCAGGCAUAUCACACAGCUCUGGAGGAGCAGCAGAGAGCGAAUGGCCAGUUGGUAAAGAGGACAUUGCGGGCGGGUCAGGAUGGGCAAUUGCAGGACCCCUCCCGUGCGACAUGGUCUCCAGGUUCAUUCGCGCUGCAAGAUCCUUUCACGAGCUCAUGGUCAACCCAUCACGACACUGAUCCCGUUAUGUGGCCAUCGGAAGAACUCCAGGCUCAAAAACAGCGAUUCCAAUACUUCCUUGCCAAGCCACGAUCACGGUCAGACCAGCCUACUGUCUGGACAAAGCUCGAGGUAGAAGGAUGCCUUCGCGAUAUCCUCAGCAAUACGCGCGUACUCGAGUUUCCAACUAUCUGCGUGCUCGAAGAGGACGAGCCUCUACCCACAGGCUUCGUGCUGGGUCCCAAAGACACGAUACCACCACCAGGAGGCAACAAGAGGAAGAACCCCCCUGGGAAGAAGGGGCCUAAUAAACCGAACAAGAAGAGGAGACAGGGUGGGAAGGAGGUGGAGGAAGGAGAGGUCAGAAGCGACGAUGAGAUGGACGGAAAUGAUGAGUCAGGAUCUAGAGGAGUUGCACUCGAGGCAGGCGACGUAAUUGCGGAGCAGAGCUUGGGUGAAGAGGAUGAUGAGGACGACGAUGAUGAUACGAGUAGCUCGGGGAGCGACAGCGAUGAUUAA